GCGGCCGCGGAGAGCAGUGCCGGGAGGAGGAGCGAGGGGUCCCGGAGGGCGGCGAGCGGGCGGGCCAUGGGAGCCGCUCCCGGGUGGGCAACGCCACGCGUGGGUCGGCGCGGCUGAGGACAUGCCCGGGCUCUGCUGCUGACCGGCUCCGACUCCGGCGGGAAUCCGCCUACCGAGGCCUCGGCGAGGCUAGCCAGAGGGGGAGCCCCGCAGCGUUCGGAAAACGAAGCAGAAGCUGUUGAGUCAGCGGUGUGCCGGUUGGAAGAACCCACACCUGUGUUUUACAGCACUUUGGGUGGAAAUUGGAUGCGAAAAUGAAGCCAGACCGAGAUGCCCUGGAUGAGUAUUUUGAAUAUGACGCAGAGGAGUUCUUGGUCUCUUUGGCCUUGCUGAUAACAGAAGGACGGACACCUGAGUGCUCUGUGAAGGGUCGUGCAGAGAGUUUCCACUGCCCACCAGCGCAGUCUCGCUUCCCAGGAACAGCCAGGCAUGAAUGCAGCGACAAGCUGGCCCAGUGUCGCCAAGCCAGACGAACCAGAUCUGAGGUCGCACUGUUGUGGAAAAAUAAUCUUCCAAUCAUGGUGGAAGUAAUGCUCCUGCCAGACUGCUGCUACAGCGACGAGGGCCCUAGCGCAGAGGGGAUGGAUCUGAAUGACCCCGCCAUUAAGCAAGAUGCACUGUUACUGGAGAGGUGGAUCUUGGAGCCAGUUCCCCGACAGAGUGGUGAUCGCUUCGUUGAAGAGAAGACGCUUCUGCUGGCUGUCCGGUCAUUUGUAUUUUUUUCUCAGUUAAGUGCUUGGCUGAGUGUUUCUCAUGGUGCUAUUCCACGAAAUAUCCUUUACAGAAUCAGUGCUGCUGAUGUCGACUUACAGUGGAGUUUUUCACAGACUCCAACUGAGCACGUGUUUCCUGUUCCCAACGUCUCUCACAACGUGGCCUUGAAAGUCAGCGUUCAGUCCCUGCCCAGACAAGCUCAUUAUCCAGUUUUGACCUGUAGUAUUCAUACUAACAUUCUCUAUGAGAAGAGAAUUCAAGAGCAGGAGCUAAAAGCAUAUCAACACCGCGGCCCUGGUGAAAUAGAACAUUGUUUUCCCAGCAGCUCCCAAAGUCUGUGCAGCAAACACACAUGGACCGCAGCACCCGUGAGUGCCCUGCAUGUAAGAAGUGGUGUGACUCCUGAGUACACUGCAGCCAUUAGAAAUGUCAGGCUCUGCCCAGUCACAGGCAGCAAGUCUGACCAUGGGGCAUCUCAAGACAGUGUCCUGGGCUUCAGUGGCACCACGGGAGAAGUAAGGUCGUCACAGGAGGUGUCAGUGAGAACUUUAAAAUCACUCUCUUUGAUCGAUUCCAGUGUCUCCAGCUGUCAGAGCUCCCGGCAGGCAGUGGGGGAGCCUAACCCUUUAAUUGACUCCUUGAUUCAGGAUCGACAAGAAGUCAUUGCCAGGAUUGCUCAGCACCUGAUUCACUGUGACCCCAGCUCCUCUCGUAUGUCUGAACACCCCUUCAGUACCCCAGAGUCCACCUCACUUAGCUCCAAGCUUCACCGCAUUUCCCAGGACAGUGAGAGAGUGAGGAGAUGCAGAGAAGGAUCUUUUGGGAGCCCAGAGAUUAGCACCACAGAAGACGCCAGUGAGGGGAAAGGGAGAGGGAAGUCGGAAACUCCACAAGGAGAAAGCUGCACCUCUCACAGCCCUUCCCUUCGCCAGCCUGCCGGGGAGGCGAACCCACUUAUCGGCUCUUUGCUCCAGGAGCGACAGGACGUCAUCGCCAGGAUCGCGCAGCACUUGGAACACAUGGACCCCACGGCUCACAUUCCCCGGCCUGCGUUCAGCAAGCAUGACUCCAAUUCCAUUCCUUCUAAAGUGUUCAGGAGUUCAUACAAUGGCAAAACCUUGUUGAAGAAGAACAGAGAGAAUGCCUCUGUUUCUGCUUCACAUGCAGAAGUGUCCUUACUGGGAGACAGAGGGGAUGGGAAAAGCCCAAAACCUAAUAAAUGCUUCCGAUCUUUCACAUAUGGUCCCCAAGAAAAGCCUCUGACACAUGAAGUAAGAACUCAGCAUCAGAUGCAUCCUGAUGACAUCAUUCACAGCACUGGGCAGGAGGCACAGAACAAGGCUGCUGGCUUAGUAACGUCCUCUAAUAUGUCUCUCUGCAAUGAAAGUAAGUUAGGUUUGAUUAGCAGAUUGGAAAGUACACCUUGUAAAUCACAAUUUAAGGAACUUGAGAUGAGCUGUGAAACUGAGAAACAGUGUUCACAUUGCAACAGUAUUGACAAACAGAUUUGCACAAAUAAAUGUGCAGAGAAAAUAAAUAACGAGAAUUAUAACCCAGGAUCUCUCAGUCAUCUCCAAUGCGAUGAUUCAAAUGGUAUUGACUCACAAAUAAAAGUUACUAUGUUGGAAAUGUCUGACUGUUUCAGUAAGUACAAAACUAAUUGUUCAAAUAAAGACUCACAAAGAUCAAAGACAUGUGAGCAGAGCAGUCACCUUAGCACAGAACAUGACCUCAGUGAUGAUACUGAAGGCUCCGGGUGUACAGCCUCAGACCAGCUGGAAACUGAGCAGGAGGAAAAAGAAGAUUCGCUCGAUGGAAAACCUCAAAGGAAAAGUGUGAAGCACUGUUUGUCUACGGGUGAAAGACUGAAAAAUGCAGACAUAUUGAGGGAUACACUGAAACAUUCAAGUGUCUGGAGAAAACAUAAUUUUCAUUCCUUGGAUGGGACAUCAACCAGAGCCUUUCACCCUCAGACAGGGUUGCCUCUCCUCUCAAGUCCCGUUCCUCAAAGAAAAACACAGUCGGGUUGCUUUGAUCUGGACACAUCGCUACUGCAUCUGAGAAGUUUGUCCUCCAGAAGCUCUCGACCAUGUCUGAAUAUUGAAGAGGAUCCAGAUGCUCAUGAAAAACCUUUUCUGAGUUCGAGCGCUCCAGCAAUCACAAGUCUUAGUCUCUUAGGAAGUUUUGAGGAAUCUGUUCUGAAUUACCGUUUAGACCCCCUCGGCAUAGUUGAUGGCUUUACUGCUGAGGUGGGAGCCAGUGGUGCUUUCUGUCCCACACACUUAACUCUGCCGGUGGAAGUGUCAUUCUACAGUGUUUCGGAUGAUAACGCUCCCUCGCCUUAUAUGGGUGUGAUUACUUUAGAGUCCCUUGGUAAAAGGGGUUAUCGAGUACCUCCUUCAGGAACGAUACAAGUGGUAUGUGUUUUAUAGCCUACAAUUGCAAUAAUCAUUCUCUCACACACAUAUAGAGCUUAGCCCUUUCUCCUGCUACUGCUGCUGCAACGACCUCGGUAAGUAACAGUGGGGCUGCAGCUCUGUUUGGAGUUGCCAUGCUCUGCCCCAGGAAUGAGCAUUUGGGGGACCUCCAUUAAAGAAAAAGAUUAGUAAACUAAUAGAGGUGAAUGCUUUAGACAAGUAAUGUGAAUGAUUUACAUGACACCAACUGACCUGUUUCCAAUAUAAUUAGAUCCUGACCAGUGCCUUCUAUCAAAUAUAAACCACAUUGAGAUUGACCUAUAUAAAAGAAGGCCCCCAGAAUAGUAGUGUCACUCUGGUAAGAAAAUUUGGGAAACGAGGUGUUAUUACCUAGGGUAAUGAUUUCUAAAACUGACCCAAUGCAAUCUGAUGAUUCCAGGGCAGAGAAGGUGACAUUCCUUCAUCUAUAUAUUCAUCUAAUUUGGACUUAGGAUACCCCUUAUAACCAGGGCAGGCCUGAUGUACGUUAUCUUACUGUGACCCGCAAGGAUAGCAACACAAGUCCUCAAUCUGCUUCAAAUUUUGCAGACUGGAAGAAUCUGGCUGAGGCUGGCUGCUCACACUCAGCCCCUGGUCUAGCCCAACAGGUUCCCUGAGUGCUGGGACCUCAGGGAGUCUGGUCACACCGUACCACAUCUGUACCAGGGCUAUGCCAAGCCUGUGCAUUUGUCUGGCAUCUCACAGGGUGAGACAGUAGUGAGCAAAUGCAUGUGUACCACAGAAGAAUGGCUGCAUAUUAAAAUUAGUUUCUCUAUCCCAGACAUUUUUUAAAGUUAAAGAGUGACAGGUGCCCGUUCCCUAUUUCCUGGCUGUGAAACCCAUGAGGGCAUGUGGAUCAUUGGAGAGCUAACUGUGAGCUACCUUAGGAAUAAGACAUUAACCAGAAAGAGAAGUCCACCUCUCAGUGGUCCAUCUUAAGCAUGAUUCUAUUUCUUACAUAGUUUGAAAUCCUGGGUCUGCUUGUGCUUGUUGAAUGUAUCAGCCUUGAUCUUAGCACGUGCUAGGUUGUAAACUUGGAUCAUAAUGUUGAUGUAUUUCUCAUUUUGAUUCAGUGAGUGAUGUCCAGUCCCUGGGAUGAGCUUCUGAAAGCAUGGCACCAAGUUACCGAUUGAUGUGUUGGUAAUUUGGUUAAAGUCAGUUCAGCAGCUUGGGUUUUUAUUUAAAAAUGUAUAUUUAUAAAAAAUGAUUCAUAGCCAAGAACAACUGAAGUACUUCAGUCUUCUCUGAGAAUCCGUAUCUUGGUCUGUAAUGAUGUUGAUGGUUUGUGAAACCGACCGUUUGUGGAGUGAAACUGUGUUGCUGCAGACUUUGGAUCUAAUGAGAAUAAUGAGCUUUAUUUCCUGGCCUUGAAAUGUUUUCAAUAGAAAGUCCCCCCUUGAGCGUUUAUAGCGAUUUUUAUAGUAAGUAGUUAAAACAGCUGCUUUAAAAUCCUUGUUUGCUGAGCUUGUAUUUUUAUUUUAAAAAUUGCAGUCCAUUAAAAUAUAAGAAAAAUUUAAUCUACCUUGAGGAUUUGCGCUUAAUAUCCAGUAAAGCUAAUAUUUGAAAUGAUGAAACCUAGAAUAUUCUAAUGCGAAAUACACCAUGAAAAAGUGUGUUAUGCUUAAAUUAGAACAAUUUCUGAAAAUCUGAACAAUGACAAAAAUGUGUCGUUUGCUAUUAAUGCGAAAUUUGUGACUAAAGAUUUUGACUUAUUACAAGGUUUUCUUAUUGUGACAUAGAAAUGAAGUUGAAUCUUUGAUUAUUUUGUGAACUUUUGAAACAUUAAUGUUAGCCUCUGAAAUGAAACUUAUUCAGUGGAAUUAGAUUACUAAACCACCUGUUUAAUUACUGGCAUGGUGUUCUGAGUCAUAUAAAUCUAUCAGCAUUGUGAAGAAUAACCCCUCUGUUGUUUCUUCAGACCUUAUUCAAUCCUAAUAAGACUGUGGUGAAGAUGUUUGUUGUGAUGUAUGACCUACGAGGUAUGCCAGCCAAUCACCAGACAUUCCUGCGACAGAGGACAUUUUCUGUUCCUGUUAGACAAGAAAUGAAGAGAAGUAUUAA